CCCAAACAAUGGCCGUAGUACAGUGGAGUAGUGCUAUUGAUUAAAAUGUGUGCGUGUUGUUAAAAUGUGAUUGUGAUAAAAAUCGUGCAAAAUGUGGAUUCCAACAAAAACGAAAAAAUACGGCGUCGCUAUUUACAACUGGAAGGGGGAUACCCGUUUCGGGCUCCCUCUGGAAAUCGGCGAAACCGUUCAAAUCCUCGAGGAAUCCCAAGGCUGGUAUCGUGGUUUUUCCACGAAAAAUCGCUCAAUUAAGGGCAUUUUCCCGCAAAGUUACAUCCACUUGAAGCCGUGCAAAGUCGACAAUGAGGGCUUGUUUGAGAGCGUCGUCCCGCUCGAGGAUCCCGUCGUUAGGGAAGUCACCCUCGUGCUGCGGGAGUGGGGCGAUAUUUGGAAGAAGCUAUACGUGCAACGUGAGCAUUACAAGUUCGAAACAGUGGGAAAAGUUAUGCGCGACCUCCUCGAAUGGCGUCGCCAAUUAGUUUCCGGCACUUUAACCCAAGACCAAACUCGGGAAUUGAAAAUGAAAAUCAUCGCCAAAAUCGAUUGGGGUAACAAGAAACUGGGACUGGAUUUGGUGCCCAGACAAGGGGCGCAAAUGAUCGAUCCGGAUUCGAUGUCGGUGGUAGAAUUGUACCAUUUUCAUGUCUCGAGUGCGGAGAAUUCGCAGGGACUUUCGGCGCGCGGCACCAUCAAGAAAAAGGAGCCGAAGAAGACCCUCACCCACCACUUGUACUUCUGCAUGCGCGACUUCGGCCACCACAUCGGCGAAGACACCGAAAUCUACUUCUCCCUCUACGACGCCUCCAAACAGCGCUACAUCAGCGAACGUUUCCUAGUCAAAAUCUCCAAAGAGGGUUUCUCGAAUUACGUGGAAAAACUCCACUCAAAUUGUACGGUUUUCACCGACUUGGGAAACUCCGACUUGAGUCGCGACAUCUACCUCGUGGCUCACGUGAUGCGAAUCGGGAAAAUGAUCUAUUCGGACAACAAAAAGACCGAGAAAAACGCCAUUUUGCAACAACAGGUGUUCAAAAGACCCCAUGGGGUCGCCGUGCACAACCUGGGGGAGUACCUCAUGCCCAAAGAGGGCGACUCCGAGGAGAAGGAGCUCAACAUGAAGGUGUACCAAGGCGAGGAGAAGGAUUUCCACCAAUUGCACGAGUUUAUUAUAAGACAGUCGGGGAAGUACAACUCGCUUGCGUGUGCCCCCAAUUAUGGGAUUCUCACCUCGGUGAAGAUGCUCCACGGGGGGCUCAAUCAUAUCAAGGAGGAGAACGCAAUGUUGUUUAAGAAUGUUAGUUUGACGAGCAAAUUGGGGUUCCCCGAUGUGAUUAUGCCGGGGGAUGUCAGGAAUGAUUUGUAUUUGAUUCUGGAGAAGGGGGAGUUUGAAAGGGGGGGUAAAUCGACGGGGAAAAAUAUCGAAGUGACGAUUGUGGUUCUUGAUAGUGAGAAAAAUGUUAUCAAGAAUUGUCUUUGGGGGGCCUCGGGGCAAGAUGGGGCUUCGGAGUAUAAUUCUAUGAUUAUUUAUCAUCAUAAUUCGCCAGCUUGGGCCGAAAAUGUGAGGUUGACGCUACCGAUUGAUAAGUUUGCGGGGGCGCAUGUGAGGCUGGAGUACAGGCAUUGCUCAACCCGCGAAAAAAACGACAAAAAACUCUUCGGCUUCUCCUUCAUCCGUCUCAUGGACAAAGACGGUGCCGCCGUCCAAGACGGCCAACAUGAACUCUACAUUUACAAAUGCGAAGAUCCUCAAAAACUCGAAAAUUGCGGCUAUUUAUCCCUCCCCGCCUUCAGCAAAGACCUCGAAGGCAACCACGACAGUGUUGGUCAAUUCUCCCGCAGCCACAAAGAAGUAGUCUUCGUUCGCACCCUUCUGUGCUCCACCAAACUCACCCAAAACGUGGACCUUUUAGCACUGUUAAGGUGGAAAUCCCACCCGGAAAAGAUCCAAGACUCUUUACAAAAAGUCUUGCGACUGGGAGAUGAGGAACUCAUCAAGUUCCUCCAGGAUGUUUUAGACGCUUUGUUCGCCCUUUUUUCAACAGAAGACGGGAAUAGUACCGCUUAUAGUGGUCUAGUUUUCCACGUUUUGGUGUCAAUUUUCAACCUUUUGGAUGGUUCCAAGUACCAACACUUUAAACCAGUUUUGGAUGCUUAUAUUAAGGACCAUUUCGCGGCCGCCCUUGUCUACAAAGGGCUCCUCACAAGUGUGCAACACUGCGCUGAUUGGGUUCUCUCCUUCGAGAAGCAGGAACCAAUCCAAAAGUGCUACAAGAGUCUUGAAUACAUCUUCAAAUUGAUCAUUCAAAGUCGGCUUUUGUUUUCACGCGCCACUUGUGGGCAAUACGAAGAUAGCUUCCGACGGGACUUAUACAGUGUUUUUUCUUCUCUCAAUAAAAUGUUGACUGUGAAUGAUCUUCAUAUAAUCAACACUCAAGUGGCACUUUUAUUAUCGAUUAGUGCGGUUUACGAGCAAUUGAUCGAAGUUUUGCCCACUAUUGAAGUGACAAAGUUGGCUGCGACCCUCCUGGACGCCAUCCCCAAGGACUUACCGGUGCUCCUAGUCCAGGCGAAGUUGUCCUGUAUCAAAAACCUCGUCACGAGCAAAUUAUUCCAAGAUGAUGAGUCUAGAAAUAUUUUACUAGCAAAUGCUUGCAAGCAUUUGCGUGUGCAAUUGCACCGCCGCGAAGAACUCAAACUCUGCACCGACAUUUUGGGCGAAAUCCUCGCCUUCCUCUUCAAACAACGAAGACAGUUUGAAGGCCAAAAAAUCAACAAUUGCAUCCACCACGAUGUUGAAACACUCUGUAUCAACAUUUUGGAUAUUUUAGUCCAGGCGGUGUUGACCACAAUUGAUUUCAAGGAUGUCAAAGACGGGAAAAUUUUGGGCUGUCUUGUGGCUUGUUUGAUCGGGAUUCUGCAACUCUUGGACGAAUAUCACUACAAACGGCUUUGGGAAGUCCUAAUGGCCCCCAACUCGGACCGGAAGCCCCUCAAAGACUUCCUCCUGCGAAUUUUCCUAGUUUUCCGCAACUUGGUCCGUCUGGAAGUCUUCCCCCCUGAUUGGCUUGUCAUGAAAAUGGUGGUGAACAACGUCAUGUUGAAGUCGCUCCAGGAGUUAGCCCAACCUCUCGCUUUCAAGUUUUUGGACUCCCGGAGCGGGUAUUUCGACAAGGAGUUAUGGACCGACUAUUUCAACCUCGCUGUCGACUACUUGACCCAGAAGCCGCUCCAAUUGGAGCACUUCUCCGAAGUGAAACGCGAGAAGAUUAUCGAGAAAUAUGGGGAUAUGAGGGUCUUGAUGGGCUUCCAGAUUUUGUCCAUGUGGUCGCAAUUGGGCGAAUGCAAACUACACUUUAUUCCCUCCAUGGUGGGGCCGUUCCUGAAAGUAACUCUAGUUCCUGAAAUCGAGCUGAGGAAAGCCACCUUGCACAUUUUCUUCGAUAUGAUGGAGUGCGAGCAACGGGCCCGAGGAAAUUUCCGACAAGUAGAGAGCGAACUUAUCGACAAGUUGGAUAUUCUCAUUUCGGAAAAUAAGGGCGAUGAUGAGUACCGCAGACUCUUCAAUACGAUGGAGCAUUUGAGCGCAGUCCUGCUAGAUCGCGUCCAAUCCGAGGAUUUGGCGUGGAAGGAAAGCGGUGCUGCUUUUAUAAGUUCCAUCACGCGGCUUCUGGAACGCCUUCUAGAUUACCGGAGUGUUAUAGAAGGCGAUGAAAACCGUGAUAAGCGCAUGUCGUGCACUUUCAAUCUUUUGAAUUUCUACAAAAACGAGUUCAAUCGCAAAGAAAUGUAUCUCCGCUACAUUUACAAGCUUCACGAUCUUCAUUUGUCUGCGGAAAACUACACUGAGGCUGCUUUUACGAUGAAACUAUAUGCUGAUCAGCUGACUUGGAGUAGUACCACACUGGUGGUAGAUAAUCGUUUUCCGAAUUUUACCGAAUGUCAAGUCAAGGAGAAGUUGUACAGACAGAUUAUCAAUUAUUUUGAUAAGGGGAAGUGUUGGGAGAAGGGGAUUCCCCUGUUGAAGGAGCUGGCAACACUGUACGAAACCCAGUUUUUCGAUUAUAAAGCACUGAGUGAUAUUCUUAAAUACCAAGCGAAAUUUUACGAUAAUAUUUUGACACAGCUCCGUCCAGAACCGGAAUAUUUCAGGGUGGGCUUCUAUGGGCUUAGUUUUCCGCUGUUUGUGAGGAAUAAACAGUUUGUAUAUAGGGGGUUAGAAUACGAACGCAUCGGUGCCUUUACUCAAAGACUUCAAACGGAAUUUCCAUCAGCUCAGAUACUUAUGAAGAACACGCCACCUGACGACUCCAUUGUCAACUCAGAGGGGCAAUUUAUACAAAUUUGUAACGUGAAACCGAUCCCUGAACCGAAUCCAAUCACUUUAGCGACUGACAUACCCGAGAAAAUUUCACGGUUUUACCACUACAACGACGUGAAAAGGUUCCAGUGUGACCGUCCUGUACAUAAAGGAAUUAUAGAUAAGGAGAAUGAGAUUAAGACUUUAUGGAUCGAGCGCAUGACUCUGGAGGUGGAGAGCCCCCUUCCGGGGAUUUUGCGCUGGUUUGAGGUGAUAAAUCGUCACACUGACGAAAUCCCACCUGUCAAAUAUGCGUGUGAGACAAUGCAAUCGGUUGAGCUUGAAUUGAGACAACUAAUAACGACUUAUACGAUCGAACCGAAGAGGAACUUAAAUCCCUUGACGAUGAGAUUACAAGGGAUUAUCGAUGCGAACGUCCAGGGUGGGAUUAGUAAAUACCAACAAGCUUUCUUCACUCAAGAAUUUGCAAAACUUUGUCCCGAACACAUGACUUAUGUUUACACCCUCAAAAACUUGAUUCUAGAUGCCAUGCAAGUGAUUGAGGAAGGGUUAGAGUUACACGGGAGGUUAGCACCGGCCGGGGUUGUCCCCCUCCACCACCGGUUACUGGAGCGUUUUGCACAGUUGAAAGAGAGUUUAGGUGCUUUGAGUAAAAUCAAAAGACAAAUCCCUGAUAGUAUUGUUAAUACCCCCCUCCCCCCAUUACCGAUCGAGAAAAGACUGAUGGUGGUCGAGAACGGAAACCACCGAACCGGAAACUACGAUUACUUAGCCGAGCACCGAACCCUGGAAAGCGACGACAUCUACACCAAACCUAUGGAAAACGAACGGCCACUUCGUGAAAAUCUAACACUGCCGAUGGCGACGACAGCGCCACCUAUACCUCAACGCGAACUCAGACCCAGAUCUCAGGGAUUCACCAAUAAUUUUAGCGAGGCACAGACGCCAACUAGAUUGGAUUACAACACGUCGAGUUUACCGUUGAUGAAGACACGAAAUUCGGACUCUUACGACAUACCACUGCCCCCGAAGCCCACCCAUUCGAGGGAGCGGUCCCUCACGAAGCCCCCUUCGCCGAGGCUCUUGAGGCAUGCCUCCAUGACCCCCACGGAUGGGUUGUCGCCUUUGAGGAACUCCUGGUCGGACUCGGGGGUCGAGGAGGCGCCCCCGCUGCCGCCACGGUCGCACACACCGGACAAGCGCCUAGCCUUGGGCGAGACGCCCCCAAACAUCCCCAAACGCGGCCAGAAGAAGUCCAGCUCAUUGGUGGGCCCCGAAGGCUUCGCCCCCGCCGACUGCGAGUUGACGCCCGACAGUUUGCGCGAUUCGGGUAUAAGCAUGUCGGAGAAUUCGAAUUUGAAUAAUUUGAACAACACUUGUUAUGAAGAUUUCGAUUUGAAGGGCCACCAACAGGAGAUGAACAUCAGUGGUAGUCCGUUCGAGGAGAGCCCCAAGUUGGAGAAUCCGCCCCCGAUUCCCCCCAAAUCCAGUGUGAGCUUGAAUUCGAGUCUGGAGGUGGAGGGAGCCACCCCCGAGAGCGACAAGGAGAAAACCCCUUCGUAAUUUCAAUGUUGUGAUUGUAAACGUAGUCAGGGCAGUUGUGAGAGCAGUAUUAGAGUCCCCAGUUUUUAUUUAUUCAUUCCAGGAGAAAUAUGUCACUUGUUUCGAGUAUUUUAAUCGAUAGGUGUUAGGUUUUAGUGUCUCAUUGUGUCAUUUUCUUGUGCCAAAGUAGGCCGUUAUAUCAAGCAGGUUCAUGGACCAAUCGGAACUAAUGGACCGAUUCACUCACUCAUCAUCCACAUCGAAAUUUUUUACAUAAUGGUGCUAAUUUUUUUAUCUAUUCUACGUAUCAUAUAUCCGUUCAAUUGGUUGUAUUUGUCAUUUUAACCAUCGGACUAGUCAUAAAAAUGAUAUUUAUAAUUAUAUUUUAUAUCUACAUAUAAAGUAUUGUAUUUUCCCAUUCAUAACGAUCAUCUAGUUUAGAAUUACUGUAGCUGAAAUAAAGCGGAAAAUAGCA